AUGGUUUUUAAAGAGUGGUUUAAAAUAAGAGAUGAGAAACGAAUUUCGGAAUUUUUGCAAAACAAAGAUGACAAAACCAAAGCACUGCAAGGGUUGAGAGGCGCUUUGAACUUUUUCGAUCAAAGGCAUACCGAAAAAUUGAGAAUUGUUCUUUAUGGAGGAUGUAGCUCAAUACUCAUCAAAACUAUCUUUGCUCCCAUUGAGCGACUUAAAAUUGAAUUACAAACAUGUAGGCAUUUAAAACGAUCAGUGAGACUUCAAACAUCCUCAACAGAGAUUAUCACUUAUGCAUUAAUAGGAACAUCUACUGCGAGCAUGGAUGUUCAUACACUUGUGAGGAAGAGAGGAUUAAGUGGUUAUAUCAAACAUGUAAUAGAGAAUGAAGGAUUUUCUGCCUUAUUUAGAGGAAAUGGGUUGAAUGUUUUGAGGGUUAUUCCUACCAGCUUUAUGAAAUUUGCUUUCUUUGACAUUUACAGACAUUUGAGCUCAUUUAUCUUUAGUUGUACUCCCUUUUUAUGUGCAAUUCCACAGAGUGAAAAAGACUUUCUUCUCAUCUUUUCCUCUGCACUCAUGAGUGGCUUUAAUCUUACCAUGUUUGCGUAUCCUUUAGACUUACUUAGAACACGACUCACUGUCGUUCCGUAUUACAGCAAGUAUCACUUCAAAGCCAAUUGGUAUCCUUAUAUGGGCACCUCCAUUCGAUGUCUAAGAGAGUUGAUUCGAAAUGAAGGUAUAUUUGCAUUAUGGAAAGGAAUGGGAACGUCAUUGGUUGGAGUAAUUCCCUACGUUACUUGUUCAUUAAGCUUUUACGAGUAUUUGAAAAGCACCAUUCACAAGAAAUUUGAAGAAACCUACGGAACCAUUGAGAAAGGAAGUACACUGGAUUUGGGUUUAAAGCUUUGCUAUGGAACCGUGAGUGCAUUUAUUGGAAAAACAAUUUCGUACCCUGCAGAUACCAUUCGAAGACGAAGACAAUUACUGGGAUGUAUGCCUUCCAUGCAUUCUGCAGCAGUCAUACCUCAUGGAGAUAUUGUUAAUAGUAGUAUUCCAACUCGGUCUCUUAUAAAAUUAGAGGCAGAUGAGUAUACAAGUGGUAUAAGUCGAUACGGUACUAAUGGUAUUAAGGUCAAUGAAGCUGUUUCUAAUAGCCACCUUGAACCAUUGUUCACUCAAGACGGAAGACCCAUGUACAGAAAUACAUUCCAUGCAUUCUCAAGAAUUGUACGGGAAGAAGGUUUCAGAGCCUUAUUUAAUGGAUGGAAGCUGAAUAUCUUCAAAGUAGUUCCUGGUAUGGCAUUACAUUUUGUGAUCUAUGAGCAGUUCAAGAACAUCUUUGGUUAUGACAAGGCAGUUCUUACAGAUGACCAGGACGUUGACGAUGAUGAAGAUGAUUUGUAA